AUGCCUGGCUCUAUGAUCUCCACAGUGUGCAUACUGGCCUUGACUGGGCUGGUACAUGCAGAUGGUAUUUACACCAAGAAUUCUCCCGUUCUUCAAGUGAAUGCAAAAACAUACGAUCCACUGGUUGCCCAGUCCAACCAUACUUCGAUUGUCGAGUUCUAUGCUCCGUGGUGCGGCCAUUGUCAAAACCUGAAACCUGCAUACGAAAAAGCUGCGAAACAUCUCUCCGGGCUGGCCAAGGUCGCCGCCGUCAAUUGUGAUGAUGAUGCCAACAAGGCGUUUUGCGGACAAAUGGGCGUGCAAGGCUUUCCAACGCUAAAGAUCGUCAAGCCCGGAAAGAAGCCAGGCCGGCCCAUCGUGGAAGAUUACAACGGUCCUCGUUCCACUAAAGCCCUGGUCGAUGCUGUCAAGGACAAGAUUCCCAACCACGUAAAGAGAUUGCAGGGGGAUGCUCUCGACACAUGGUUAAGUGACCCGUCUCCUCAGGCAAAAGCUAUCGUCUUCUCCGACAAAGGAACUACAAACCCCCUGGUCAAGAGCUUGGCCGUUGAUUUCCUGGGCAACAUCGCUUUCGCUCAAGUCAGAGACAAGACUGCUGCUGAGAAGUAUGGCGUGACUGAGUUCCCUUCCAUACUCUUGGUCUCCGCUCCAGGAGAAUCGCCGAUUCCAUAUAAAGGCGAGAUCAAUCGAGACUCCCUCUUGAGUUUCUUCAGCCAGGUCGCUUCGCCCAAUCCGGACCCAGCGCCGAAGAAUGCGAAGCCUUCUAAGUCAUCGUCCCGGAAAGCCAAAACAGCUUCCUCUUCUUCCGCUUCGGCUUCGUUCGCAAAGGCCUCCGAAGCCCACAAAUCCUCCGACUUCGAGGAGUACCUGGCCAGUUCAGGUACUGUGGUUCUCGAGGAUGAUAUGCCCACCGAGUCACCACUUCCCAUUGUCGAGGAAGCAGAGAAGCCUGCUGUCAUUCACGAAACGCCUGCUCCCAUCCCCACCCUCGCGACGUUGGCGGAUCUGGAAUCCUCUUGCUUGACACCGAAAAGUCAUAACUGCUUGUUGGUCCUAACGUCUUCUUCACCGGACGCGGAAGAAAUUAUACCUCGAUCCGAAACAACUGCACUGGCAUCACUGGCAGAAAUUGCGGGAAAAUAUCAGAAACGAAAGGCCACCAUGAUACCCACCUAUGCUGUACCCACCGAAGUGCAGGAGAUGAGUGGGAUCAGAGAACGUCUUGGGUUAAAUCCACUGGACCAACUGGAGAUCAUCGCAGUAAACAUGAAGAGAGGUUGGUGGAGAAGAUAUACAAGUGAUGCCUAUGAUGUUCUGGAUCUAGAAGGUUUCAUCGAUGCCAUCAAACUCGGAGAAGGUGUCAAGUCGAAGAUACCACCAGGGUUUGGAGCGGUAUUAGAAGAAACUCAAGAGUCAACCCCUCCCGAAGCUACCGACACUGUUGCUGAGCCAGAACCCCUGGAAACUGCGCAGAUUCGACUCGAUGAGCCUGGCUCGGCCGAACCAGGUGACACCGUUGCCGAACCAGAACCCGUGGAGACUCCUGAGGUAGAACACGACGAGCUCUGA